AUGUCUCAUUCAAAAGAACAUGAAAACACUGAAAAUGCACUCGUUAAAAUUGAUCUAAAAAAUGCAUUCAACUGUGUCGAAAGAGAUAGCAUAUUAAAGGAGGUCCUUGAACUUGCACCACCUCUCUACCCCUAUUUAUACCAAUGCUAUUCCGACGCAACCAAUCUUUACUUCAAAGAAAAUAUAGUGUUGUCACAAAUCGGUGCCCAGCAGGGCGAUCCUUUAGGUCCUCUGCUCUUUUGCUUGGCUAUACAUAAAUCUAUUACUACAUUAAAUUCUCCGCUCAAUGUAUGGUACCUUGACGAUGGAGUUAUCGGUGGAAGGCCCGAAACAAUAAUCGAGGACCUAAAGAACCUCAUACCCACUUUCAAAGAACUUGGGCUAGAAGUAAACCCUACGAAAUGCGAGCUCUUCUGUGGGUCUAUGUCCGAAUCUUCCUUUUCGGCUCUGCAAACACUAUUGCCGGGAAUCAAAAGACUUGACAAAGCAUCUCUCUCCCUAUUAGGUGCGCCCAUUUUCCCCGAGGGUGUCAGUGCCGCCCUUCGAACUAAAAAGGAUGCACUUGUGGCAGCUCGAAACCACUUGACCAAUCUUUCAUCUCAUGUAUCCAUGACACUACUACGUCAUUGUUUCGCCACACCCCGGAUGACAUAUAUCUUAAGGACGUCUCCCUCAUGGCAAUUCCCUGAAUCAGCAAAAGAAAUAGAUCAAGAAUUAAAGUCUACCUUGCAACUUAUUUUAAACGUCGAUCUAACGGACACACAGUGGAUCCAGGCGAGCCUUCCCAUACGACACGGCGGCCUUGGUAUUCGUCGCGUCGAAGAUAUAGGACUCAUUGCUUUUCUAGCGUCUGCACAUGGAACCGUGGACCUUGUCACUCGAAUAUUAGCUCUUAAUGGUGGCAACUCCCCGGUUCCAUUUGUCUCAGAAGCCUUGGCAAAGUGGUCGGCAUCUAUGCCGGGUGACGCACGGCCUGACGACCCCGCUGUCCAAAGACAAUGGGACGACAUCUGGAGUAGAGAUAUAUACAACUCGUUGCUUACUGAUGCAUCGGGUGUCGAUCUGGCACGCCUUAAAGCUCUUGCACAGCCAGAGUCAGGGGCCUGGAUGCAUGCACUGCCCUCACCCCAGCUUGGUACACUGCUAGACAACGACUCGUUAAGAAUAGCAGUGGCACUCCGGUUGGGGGCCAGUGUGUGCGAGUCUCAUCGUUGCAGAUGCGGAGCAAUGGUAGAAGCCAACGGACACCAUGGUCUGAGCUGCCAAAGGUGCGCGGGGCGAUUUCCUAGACACCAAUCGAUCAACGAGAUCAUACGAAGGGCAAUGGUGUCGGCUAGCGUGCCUUGCGUACUGGAGCCACCUGGCUUGAGUCGUGCAGAUGGAAAAAGACCGGACGGACUGACCUUGAUUCCAUGGCGAAGGGGACGCUGUCUCUUGUGGGACGCGACUUGUGUAAGCACCUUUGCCGCGUCCCACUUGAGGCAAACCACACGGUGUGCUGGCUCAGCGGCGGAAUCCGCCGCUAAGCUAAAGCACACUAAAUACUCCGCCCUGGAAUCAAGAUACGAUUUCGUACCGGUGGCAAUAGAGACCGCGGGGCCCUGGGGCUCUGAGGCUCGCCGCCUGAUUGCAGAACUGGGUCGGCGUCUUCGGGAGAGGGGCUGCGACCCUCGCUCUGGAUCGUACCUGGUUCAACAGAUCUCAAUUGCAGUGCAGCGAGGAAAUGCUGCAGGUCGACAAUUGCUGGGCUUAGGUGACUCGCUGCCGUUCUAG